GUUUGCGACUUCCCAAGCUCGACACCACUUGUAACACCACUUGCUCGCACUUGCAUUUGCACAACCCAUUGCGCCUUCUUGCACACAGCGCCGUUCAUACCACCUUCUGUACAUCACCACACAUAUCUGCGCACAUGGCUCCCCGCAAGAGCGAGCGCCAGGCCACCGCGCCCACCCGUCGCAGCGGCAGAAUUGCCUCGAGGGCCAGUUCGCGCGCGUCUUCCGUCGCCGACGACAAUGACAGCGGUUUGUACCUUCCCAUCCCCUCCCCUGCUUCCCUUUCCCUUGCGCCUUCUUCAUUGUCGCCAUCGCGGGUUAUUGACGCAGUUGAUUCAGUGCAAUCAGCUGGCAAGAGCGUGAUCUCGUCCAACACUCGGAUCACUCGCAGUCAGAGCAAGAAGGGCGGCGUGACUCUGUACAACACCGGAGUCACGAAGAACAUCUCCAAGAAGAAGAAGAAGCCCGCGGCGGUCCCUGUCCCGUCGCGUCGCGCGGUCGCACCUGUCUCAACGACGCGUCGACCUCCCUUCAAUGUUGAUUACGCCAUUGGCUGCAUCCUCUCAGAAAUUCAGCGCAACCCAGGUUCACGCAUCACAUACCUCGACUCACUGACCAUGGCCGAAAAAGACGCAGUCAUCCAGAGAUUCGGAGAGCGCGAAGUGCAGAUCAAGGAGAAGCUCGACGAUGCCGAACGUCGUGCAGACCAGAUGGCUGCAGAACGCGACGCCGCCGUCGAAGAGCGCGACAGAGUUCGCAUGAGACUCAAGACGCCCAUGCGCGACGCCAUGUUGCAGCAAUCACUGAGGAGACGCCGCGAAGAAUCCGUCACCUCCAUCGAAACGCCUUCGCACUCGCAGACCCCUGCCGCCGCACCAGCUCAGACACCUGCCGCUGCCUCAGACACACCAUUCACAAGCAAGUCUCUUGACUUCUCCACACAAGACCUCAUCACUGGCACACCCGUGCAGUCGAGCGCAGACAAGCCGACGCACUCGCCAGACCCAUACGCCACCCCAAAGCCACGCUCAUCCACAUCCAUCGUCGGCUCCUUCUUCAAGGCUAUUGCCUCGCCGUUCCUCUCGCGCAGAAAGUCGCAGGAGAGCAGCACACCACCACAACAGACUCCCCAAGAGAAGUUGGGAGAGCUACCGGCAUCACGCAAGCGCUCAGCUCCAGCUCAACAAGAGCCGGACACAUACACACAGCCUCAGGUCCAGUCACAGGCGCAGACACCGAUCUCGUCGACACCAAGGCAACAGGAGCUAGCCUCGGAGCGUUCAGCAACAUACACCACACCACGCGCCUCCACCACAUCGAGCACACAACAGACCGCUCGCGCGUUUCUCAUGCCGUCAUCUAAGAACCCUCAGCAAGAGACGUCUCUUGCCACCAUCACAGAGCACACCGAGACGAGCGAGCAGAGCAUGGCCAUCGAUCCAACCCCAGUCAGAGCUCCACGCACCAUUGCCGCCGUCCGCCGCCAACAGACACCAUCCCGCUACUCCCACACACCACAACGCAUUUGGAGCCAGACACCACAGCCCAAAGAUACCAACGCAGACCGCCGUCUCGAGAAACUUAGAAAGUUCAAAGAGCUAGACGCGCAACUGCAAGCAUUGAAGCAGGAUGAAGAGGUCAAACAGAUGACAGAGCGACCACUGAAGCGUGUCAAAGUCGACACGCUGGUCAGAAUCCCACACAACAGACCAGGCGAGGCCUCUGGCACAUUCCGCAUGCCGGACAUUGACUCUGACGACGAGAUGGAGGUCGACGCCGACCAAGAAACACGCAGCAACAUCUUCGAUGUGUCGGCCGAAGAGGAGCCUGUCGCUGCUACCACACCAAAGGCCACACCGGCCGCACCUGCCCCCGUCGCCGCCGCUCCUACCGUCACUGCCGCCCCUCCACCACCGCCAGCAUCAGCAGCUCCGCCUGCCCCGCUAUUUUCCUUCCCGGAUGUUGGCCGAUUGGAGGGAGGGGCGACGAAUGACGUCACCAACGCCUACCUUGGCGCAAAGUUCGCCUACGGGCUUGAACAUUGGAAGGCAACAGGAGAACUGUUGGACUUGUUUUAGCUUGUUUUUGGGUUGUUUUUUGGUUGUUUUUAGCGUGUUUUAAUAAUGAUUGUAUGAAUAAUGACUGCUUCUACUUCUUUUCUCCAGUUCCAGCCGCGUUUCAGAGCCAACAAGAGCCCAGAUGGGUCGCAAGCAGCCAUCAGCGGGUUGUCAGAGACAGGGGAGAUUUGGUGCUUUCUCUGAUAUUCUUACUGUUUACAGAGCCAUCGG